CAAUUGUACUUGUAUAUUUAAACAAUCAAUACGUUUUCAAAUACAUUGUAUGUAUCAAACACAAUUUAUUUAAAGACAAUUUGGAUUUUUCAUUUACAUGAAAUAAAAGUUAUAAAAUUUAAGAUAUAUUUCAAAAAUAAAUUGUGUGACUAACAUUUAAAGGUUAAAAAAGGAAACAUGUCAAACGCGACAAUACGGCACGUUAAUGCUUUACCCAUGAAGUACGAAAUUCUGCGAGAAAUCAAACAUUGGAAACAGUCUUGUAGCGCGUGCAUUAAUGACAUCGCCUGUAACAUCGUGUCUCUGCGCGAGUCACGCGCAGACGUUAAGCGGGAAAUUCACGAGGCACGUGCUCGACUUGAGGAGAAAUUGAGAGAAUUAGAAGAGAAUUCGGAGAGACAGUUGGUUGCGGUUGUAACGGCUGAAGAAGAAAAGUUGAAGAAGUUUGUAAAGAAACUCUCAGAGCGACAAAAACGACUAGAAGUAACAGAAGCAGUGUUGAAAGAAAAUGUCGUUGGAUUCAAACUCAAGAGAGCACUUGAGGAAGGAAAGCAACAAGCUAUAGCAGCCAGGGAAACCAUUUUAGAAAUAAGAAAGUGCCACAUGGCAUCAGCCGUUGACUUCACACUGAAAGAGCAAUUGUGUGCCAUAGCAGAACAACUCGAUUCAUUAGGUAACCUAACUUUACACACACCAGUAGGUAAUCAAGUACACAAGCUGAAAGUUCAACAGAUCAACGGAACAGGUUCAAAUAUAUCAUCUAACGAAACGACCAUUGCAAAAGAUACAUUUCUUACAUCGGUUGAAGAAAACAGAUCCUCUUCAAUUGAAACAACAAUGCUAAAUGAUUUGGACUUCGUUCUUAAAAUGGAUACAAAGUAUGGCCAUGCCUUGAAGCCAUUCCUCGAUAGCAUAAAAGACAUGUCAAUUAAAUUUAAUAGUAACUAUAAGACGAAGAAUGGAAUCACGAAGAAUGGAAUCAAACGAUUGACAGCAAAAGAGACAAGACCACAACUGUUGAAUUGCGAGCAGAAACCCAAAUCCUCAUUACGCACUCAAAGCGCUGCGAAUGGAGAAGAAAGAAGCCAGAAGAUACACACGCGUCUGUCAAAGUCAGCUCGGGAAGAUGGUAGGACUGUAGGGGAAAAUGCUUGCCUUAAUGAUGUUGAAAUGCCGUACGUUCCGUUCGAAGAACAAGGUCCAGACUCCAAGCUUAUGAAGAAAAAACAAACGUCUGUGAGAUAUCAUGAAUUUGAUUUCAUUCGAGAAAUAACAGCGGUACAAGAUGACGCCAAAGUGGAAACUGAAAAUGGCUCAAAAACGUCACAGCCUGUUUUCUUAACAGAUGAAGUAAUAAAAGAUUUUAUAAGAACGACAAGCCCGGGAUCACAAAGUACAUCUAGUACAACAUUGAGCACUGUGAGCUACAAACCGUCAAACUCACUGGCAAGUGGACCAGUUUUCAUACCAUCUUCAGAACAACGGAAAUCGAAUUCCUUUUUCAAAUAUAUUGCUAGAUUCCACACAAAGAAGCAUCCAUACGAAACGGACCUUUGUCGCCUUGCAGGUAUUGUUGCCCUUGACAACGGCCAAGUCGUAGUUUCAGACAUAAAUCAUUUAAAGAUAAUGUUAUUUGGACCAGAUUUUACGUAUCUCGACUCGCUCGAGUGUCCUUCACCUUGUGGACUGACGCAGGUUUCAGAAGAUAUUGUCGCUGUGACCUUAUUUCACAAUAGAAAGGUCAUGCAGGUCAAGGUUCAUACAAUACAUCUAUCAAGGCAAAGAGAAUUCAACAUACCUUGUAAAGAGUCACUUUUCGCCGUCUCUUAUCAAGACGGACGGUAUUUUGUCCUAUGUUUCGCUGGUGAUAUCCAUAUUCUUGAUGACGACGGAAGACAAACGGCUAUCCUGGAGACGGGAAUAAACGCCGGAGAGGCUAGACACUUGGAUGUCGACAGGGAAUCAAAAUUUAUUUUUGUCAGCGGCCAUGAUCGGAUCAGCUGUUUCACUGAGUCAGGGGAGAAACUGUGGCAAUUUUCUAACAGCACAUACCAUAAACGAUUUACCCCAGGUGCUCUUAUACUGCACAACAACCGGCUGUUUGUCGCUGACUGGUCCAGCCAUAAGGUCAUAGAGCUAACCUUGGACGGGUCUCACGUGCGAGAUGUUGUCACUGACAAUAUAGAAUACCCGCAUGCUCUGGCAGUUCAAAGGUCACAGGGAAGGCUAUAUAUAACUCAAAGUAACUUCUUUAAACAAGAAGCAAGAAGCAGAAGCAUUAAAGUCUUCGAGAUAAAAUAGACAUAAGAAUUAAAUUUUGUAUAAAGCGUACAUUUCAGAAAAGUAUUAUACUUUGUGAAGAAUUUUAACUUUAAGAAGUUUAAAGACAUUUGUUGCCGCUAAAACUGAUUACAUACCGAGAUUAAACAAAUCGUACUUAAAAUACACAAGACAGUAAAUAAAUGAAACCUGACAUGCAAUUUAUGUCUCGUGCUUCAUGUCAAUAGUACGUCUGCUAUUCUCGGCUCCACGUGCUUAAUUAUUCUGUGUCACCAAACGGUGUGUUU